UCGGCGAUUUUCGCUGUUGCUGGCUCUUUGAGGAGCUGCUCGCUCGCAGCCCGAGACGCUGCCUUUUUUUUUUUUUUUUUUUUUCCGGGUUCGGAGCCAUUCCGGAUGCUUUAGGCUGCCGGAUGUCUGAUCUCCGGAUAACCGAGGCGUUUCUGUACAUGGAUUAUCUGGUCACAUUUUUUUUAUUGGGGUGAAAUUAGAGAGAUUUUUCAUUUUGGUGGCUGGAAAGUACACCCAGCUGAAAACCAUCAACCAUUUAGACUCCAUGCUUCAUUUGAAUUGUGAUUCUGGACGCAAGUCAAGGAUGACAACUUGUUUUCGAGCACUUUGCUGCAAGGGACCACCACCUGCGCGCCCUGAAUAUGAUUUGGUUUGCAUAGGUCUCACAGGCUCUGGCAAGACCAGUCUGUUGUCUAAACUCUGCAGCGAGAGUCCCGACAACGUUGUGUCAACCACAGGUUUUAGUAUAAAGGCAGUACCAUUCCAGAAUGCCAUCUUGAAUGUAAAAGAACUUGGAGGAGCUGAUAAUAUCCGAAAAUACUGGAGCCGCUAUUACCAGGGAUCUCAAGGAGUAAUAUUUGUAUUGGACAGCGCCUCUUCAGAGGAUGAUCUAGAGACUGCUAGAAACGAGCUGCACUCAGCGCUGCAGCACCCACAGCUAUGCACUUUGCCCUUUUUGAUAUUGGCCAACCAUCAAGACAAGCCCGCAGCUCGCUCAGUACAAGAGCCUGGGGGAAGAGGGGAUGUAAAUGUGAGUGCAGCGCCCUUGGAGACUUCGGGAACCGAGCCUGCACCCCAGGGGAGAGCAGUGCGCUCUGAGCACUGCGCCGUCUCUCCAGCCCCACAGACACGUUACACCUAAUACAGUACCCACGGCGUCCUCUGUAGGAGUUGACUACAGGAAGCUUCCAGCAGUUAAUCACUUCCGAGUCUUCCUUUUGUGAUUUGACUGUCUAUUUCUCCUUAAAAAGAAAAGCGCAAAUAUCGCUUUCUGAUUCACUAACCAAUGUUUAUCAAUAUGGAAUAUUUAUAGAUAUUCUUUGAAAAUGAUUCCAAGCUUGUACAUACUACAGUGCACGAGAACUUCAUUUUCCUUCCCACUUGUAUCAAAUUUAAAUAACUUUCUUAGAACAUUUUGCUUGUUAAUAGUAUUCACAAAAUAUGAGUUUGAAGAUUGUAAAAUCAAAAGUAUGGGCUUUUCUACACCUGCUCUGUCUCCCAGAUAAUGACAUGAAGACCUAUUAUGUUUAUAGUAAGCUUUAAGCAAUAUAGUUGGACAGAAAAUGAGCUAUUUUAACCUAUCUAUGCUGAUCUGCACUAUUUCCUAGCCACGUGCCCCAUUACUUGCCAUCUUAAAUCUUACCCUGGCUGCUCCUGCUCCAUCCAUGUUUUCCUAACAACUUUUUCAUGGUGACCUCUUUAUGACAACCUUCUUCUGGUGACCUCCUUCUCUCUUUUCUCACCACCUGCACCUUCCUAUUGCAAGUCCUGCCCCAACUCUCCUGCCCUCCUGUGGGCUGUUCAGCUCUUUAUUAACUGACCAGAGAUGAUGGAGAACAAGUUUUACACAAAAGUGAGACAGGAGAUGCUUCAGUAAUAAUGUCAAUGCCCACAUCCAGACUGCAACCAGAUCUCUGGUUGUAGAAAGCAGCAUCUGAAUGCACAGCACACAAAACCAUCCCCCAACAGAAGAUGUUUUAGGUAAAGCCCUUUCCCUUGUCCUUGUAUCAACACAUACUAUGCACCUACUAUUAGUAGAGCAUUUUGGAAUAUCUUAUAGGGUAACGUUCCUUGGCAGAACUAAGGUCUGUGGAAGCAUCAUGAAAUGUUUACCCUUGCUUCAGUUUGGCUGAGAAAAGAAAGGGAAGCACCCAUCUUUCUCUUGAUGACAAAGAGUUUACUCUCAUAAUGUGUUUCCAUAAAGCCUAGUUGAACUACUCUUAGGAAUGUUUUAAGAAUUAAGUCAACACCUUAUUAGCAUAAAAAUAGAGUUGUAAAACUGAAGCUUUCAUGUUGUAUAAACAAUAACUUCAAACUGUUUGGGAACAGCAGGCCAAGGUAAGACAACCAAACAGAGUCCCAUGUUACUUGAAAUACAUUUUAGACCUAUAUUUAGAAAUAUCCUUAGACAUGGUCAUCUUUUUGCUAUUCUGCCUUUCAUUAAGAUACCACAAGCCCUGUGUCUUUUAGCUUUAUGUUUGUGCCUACUAGUCUGUGUAUUUUUGGUGAAGCUUUGAGUGUUAAAAGGUUGAUAUUGUACCCUGCAAAACAUCUGUGACUUUUAAGGGUGAAAUGCUGCUCAAAAAUCAAGGAAGAUAUCUUCAGCUUAGCGGGAAACACUAACCGUGACACAGUUAAGAAAAAGUAGUGAGUCUUAGGUUUGGUGACUUCUCUCUUCCUGAAAAUUAUUACAUUUGAUGUGUUCUGGGAGAAAUGUUACAGGACUUAUCCUGUCACUCGGGUAAAAUUUAAGAACUCACGUGUUUGUAAGAUAACUGUUAACUUAAGAGUGGAUGGGAGCCAGGAAGACCCUGAGGAGCAAGGGGAGUGGUUGCCAGGAUUCACGCUGUGCACGCUGCUGUCUGUGUGGAGCACAGAAUUAAGAAAGGAAGACGAUGGUUACAAUUACUCCAUAACCCGCAAACGGGCAGCGUGCCCAGCGACCUCCUUGCCCCCUGAGAAACAAGUAGUGUCUUGUACGUCACAUAUCUUCCCUUUCUGUAAUAUACCUGGUAGUGAUUUAUUCAGCCUACCAGAAUUUUAAGAUUUUGUGUCUUGAGAAUUGAUAGUAGAAGGAUACAUUGUAUUUUAACAAAACAAAACAAACAGCAUGGGAAAAUACUGGGUAAAAAGAACACCCUAUGUGCUGUUGGAAAGCCAAACAAUUCUUCUAGCACAUGUUUGUUCUAUUCACUUUAGGGAGGUGUGGUUACUGCAGUUUUCCAGGAUAUAUUCAUAUUAUCUGUUUUUCUCUAUGGAAAAUAUAGGAGAAAAAGCUAUACUUAUGCCAAGUGACCCACUUGAUAGAUUAGGAGAAAAUCUGGUCUAAUUUAAAUAGUGAAGCUAUAAAAUGUGAACUCUUAAGAGUAAAUAGUUUAGCUUUUUAUUUGUAUUGGAUUGUAAUUGUAACUAAUUUGUUUUACAACUCCCUUUGGAGAGCGUACUUCAGUUCUGAAGUUACUAAGUAGAUCAGGAGUAUUUUAUGAGAAGUUAAGUUGAUAUAAUACCCAAUAAAUGUAAUCCUAUUUUCCCUCUGCACAGUUGCUAACUGCCAUUCCUUUACUUCCUGGCUUUUUAAAAAUCUUAUUUUCAUUUUAUUGCUUUUACCAGAUCAUAUAAAAUGACACAUUUUGUUAACAUGAAAGAAACAGUCCUUAUUUUUAGCAAUUUUAUUUGAUUGGAUGUUUAUAGGUAUCCUUAAUCCAAAAGUACCUAACUUUUUCAGAAAUGCUACAUUAAAAAUGUGUUAUUGGAAGUUUUUAUUACUGCAAGUCUUAAUUAAAAAUAUGAAAACCAUGGAACAGAUUUUUGAAGCAGAAUUAUAAGGCCCAGUGACUUGAUUAGUUUCAUGCUUCAUUAUUUAUAGCUUGGGAAAAAAAUGCAGAUUCUAAAUUAAAGUGUCAAUAUUGCAGUUGAAAUUUGUGAUUAUAGUGUCUAUUAAUUUUGAUGCAGUGUUCAUGGAGCAUGGUGUUAUAUUUGAAAAUAAUAGAGUAGAAAUGUGAGAAGGGGAUAUUUACAAAUGUUACUAGGUUCUUUGGACCAUGUUUCUUGGAGAUGUAUGCGUUCGGUUUUUCUAAACGAUACAUUUAAUCCUUAGGGGUUUUAAAUAUAGACAGUAGUUGUUUGGAAGAAGAAUGUGUGUGUUUUAUGAUAUGUAUCUGUCAACCUAAAUCAUAUUUCUUCUUUGUAGAUAGUCUUCAUGUUGCAUGCCUUUUUCCUUUCUUUAACAUGUGUCACCAGAUAAUGUGCCUCUAGUUUGCAUUUUUUUAUUUUGUACUGGUAUUGCUCAAUUAUAGGGUAGCUCUCUUUAGUAGUUCUAUGAACGAACUGUAAAGAAGGAUCUUCUCAGAAUUUCCACAAUGACAAGUCUUUUAUUAGAGAAUGCACAAGGCUGUUAAAAUUUCAUAAGGCACUUAGUUUGACCGGAUGUCAGUUUCUCUGUGUGGAGGGAAAUGUGUUUUCAUCGGGAAGUAUACUACACUAAAGAGUUCUUUGUGUAUCUUGACCUGCCUUUUGGCAGCAUUUUAGGAUACGGAUUUGAUUUCACAUAGAGCAGCAUACAUACCUAUGGUGUGAGCAGUUUGGAAACUCCCUUAUGGGACAUAUAUUUAUCCUAAAAUGAUAUAAGAGAUACAGAUAAUUUUGUCCAUUCCUUACAGAUGUACUCCACACUGUAACAAUUAAAUUUUGGGAGGUAAUGACAGGCUUUGGGAGCCCGUUCUCCACUGAAUGACUCAGUUAUUUUUCUUAAAAAUGUUUCUUGACCUACAAGAAAAGCCGAGUUAGCAAUCACUUCAUUAGUUGCAAAAACAUCAUUAUAAAAAGUGCACUUUAAAGAGCAACUUUUAAGCCGAGAGUACUAAAAGAAAACAGUUUCCAUGUAGUCGUUCAAAAGUUUCUAUAUGCAUUCCUUGAGGGAAAAAAAAAUUCCUUGAUGGUGUAUCUACCCAGGUUGCUCUCACCAUUCUUACUUGUUACCUAUGUUUCUUGCAUCUACUAGGUAAUGAGCAUGUCUGUGUCUAUUGCAAACUAAUAAAAUCCUUAUUCAAUAACAAAUCUCUUACUUCAGAGAGGGACAUUUUUACCUAGGAAAUUUUUUCUAAGGGGCAGUAAAGAAACACAUUUCAAAAUAUGAGAGUGCAUGAUUGCAAAAACAUCUCCUCUCCAAUUUCUUCCUUUCUUCAGUGUUGGUAAGUCUUCACCUCAGGUAAAACUGGGAACAUUGGAAACAUGGGAAACAUUGGAUUGCUUGUUGCUCCCCGUGUCCAGGUGUUUCUGUGUCCUCUCCCCUUUGCAGAGCCUCUGCACACACUUGUUUACCCUCAGCUCUCUGUAUUCAUGUUGGAAUUUACCUUCAGCUUUCCCGGUUUGGCCCUGGUUCUCCCUCCAAACCAGAGAGAACCAACUCCUUCCCUGAUUUCUGUGUUGCCCCUGUUAAAAGUAGGACCAUUUUCUAACUUAGCUGAAAUCAGGUGAAACUCUGCAGAUCUUAUAUCCUGUGUGCCUUUCCUUCUUUUCUUCUGCCUAUCUCUCAAUGUUCCCAUUUUCCCAGGAAAGUUACCCCAAGAUUACAUCACAACAGAAAGUCUUCUUCAUGGACACUCUAGGUGGACACUCCUGGUUCCUGCCUGCACAUUGGACUUACCCAGAUCAUAAUAUUAGAAUGACUUGUCCGUUAACUUUACUGCUAACUUCUGAAAUUCACCAGCCCCUUGAAGGACGGGGAUUGUGAAUUGUUUGUGUCUCUGAUCCAUUUUAUUGUUUGAAAGAAUGAACACUUCUGCGUCUUCUCCCACAUGCAUUCCUGCUGGUCCGGGGUGCCUGCUUCAUCCAGAUUGCUGUGCGCUCUCUUUACUUAGUCCAGCGUAUCUCUUUCCAUCUAGAGGGAUACAGAAAGGUUGGUUCUCCUGGCUCCACACCUGCUGCGGGUACCUUAUCUGCAGUGAAUCCUCAGCAAGGAUUAUGCUGGUAUUUUUAGGAUUUUUAGAGCUUUAAGCUGUUAAUUAUUUUAUUUGCAAAUGAUUGGUUUUAUGUCCUUUGACUUGUGUUUGUCAGUUAGCAAGCCUUUUAACAGUGCUCCUUGUUACCAUAUUCUUUCCAAAAUUCUCACAAAAAAGAAGAAAAUCUUCUGUCCAAAUAAUAAUCAUUUAAAAAUAAUUGCCUAUUUUAGCCAUAGUGAGCUUGUUUCAUUCACUAGUUUCUGUUUGUCUUUCUCAUGUGAAGAGUAGUACAUAUGACGUUCUGAGGGAAUACAGUUGAGAUGGUUUUAAAGUAAUGAAUAC